CUUUAAAACAGCGUAUUUUGCAAUAAGUACUUCUAGUUAUUCUUUAUCGCCAAACAACAUGUCAGUACCUCAGGAAGUCCAUAAGAAUGUCAUAUUACUCCCACAAACCAAUCAAUUAAGAGGAUUAUAUUCUAUCAUAAGAGAUCAAACCACUAAGAGAGGAGACUUUGUAUUUUAUUCAGAUCGUAUCAUUAGACUUUUAGUAGAAGAAGGUUUAAAUCAAUUACCAGUAGAAGAAGCUAUUAUAAAAUGUCAUGGUGGUCAUCCAUAUAAAGGAGCUAAAUUUCUUGGUAAAAUUUGUGGAGUAUCAAUUGUUAGAGCAGGAGAAUCAAUGGAGAUGGGUUUAAGAGAUUGUUGUAGAUCAGUAAGAAUUGGUAAGAUAUUAAUUCAAAGAGAUGAAGAAACUGCAUUACCUAAAUUAUUCUACGAAAAAUUACCUGAAGAUAUUAGUGAAAGAUAUGUAUUUUUAUUAGAUCCAAUGUUAGCUACUGGUGGAAGUGCAAUGAUGGCAGUUGAAGUUUUACUUAGAAGAGGUGUAAGACCAGAACGUAUAUUCUUUUUAAAUCUAUUAGCAGCUCCUGAAGGUAUAAAGAAUUUUCAAGAUAAAUAUCCUGAUGUUAAAAUAAUUACUGGUGGUAUUGAUGAUCAUUUGGAUGAACAUAAAUAUAUAGUACCGGGAUUAGGUGAUUUUGGUGAUAGAUAUUACUGUAUUUAAUGAUUUAUUCUAUA